AUGGGCGAAACGGAAAAUUUGUCACCUUUAGUUAUUUCAAGCUUGGCAAAUAUUUCUGAAGGAACAUUUUAUCCAAGAGCGUGUUAUUAUUUUGCGCGAAUGUUUGACAUACCAGUGACUUGGUUCAGAGAGAAUGUUGUUGAACCAAUACGUGAUCGUAAUCGUGUACCAUAUUAUCAUAGAAAGAUGACUCGCGCACCUGAAAUCGAUCAGUGCGCUGUUAAUGAUUUAGGUUGUAUAUAUGAAGCAAAUCAACAAUUUCGGCUGGAUAGAAUGGUUGACGGCUUUAUUCUAAAAAUUCUUUAUAAACGAGUUUCGAGAUGUUUGGGAUAUUCGAAAAAGUUUUGGCAUAGAUGCGCAGAUGUUAUAAAUGAUUUUGAAGAAAGUGAAUUGAACUAUUUCAUAAAAUAUGGGGAGUUAGGUUCAGAAGCUGACGUCAGAGAUGCCUAUAUGAAGCAAAAACAUCGAUUAAUAUGGGAAAGACGUCACCCGGAAAUUAUGAAUGAACGUGAAGCAGUUCUUCAGAAACAUAAAGAAGACAUGGCAAAUGGCAAGUUUGAUAUGUCAGUUUGGAAAAAAGGCCUUUACUACCAAGACAAAAGACGUUAUGAACCACCAUAUGACUUAGAAGUAAGCAAGGCAACAAUUGAGGAUGACAAGCCACUUUCGAAAGAUUGGCAGUAUUACAAAAAAGUUAAAGAAGACCCGGAAUUCGACAAGGAACAGGGAAAAACAAGCACUCCUCGCAUAUUUUGA